AUGCUGGCCCGCACGCGGUCUGUGUUCGGGACGGGCAUUGCCCCGCGUGUCGUGCCUGCCGUGGUGGUGGCUCCUGCCAGGCGCAGCCUGCAGGUCGUGGCAGCGGAGGCUCAGAACAAGAAGCGCACGCCCCAGCCGGUGAAGCGCGCUCAGCUCGCUGAGGAGCGGCGCAUGAACAACAAGGGGCGCAAGUCGGCCAUCGCCACUCGCAUCAAGAAGGUCCUCAAGCUGUCAGAGGCGCUGGUGAAGGCCCCGGAGGGUGCUGCCGAGCAGGCCUACAAGGAGAUCGACACAGCGGCCGUCAAGGGCAUCAUCCACGCCAACACCGCCGCCCGCCGCAAGGCGCGCGUCGCGAGGCACAAGCAGCAGGUGCUCAUCAGCGCGGGCCUCUACACCCCGGCCCCCGAGCACCCCGGCUUCGCCUUCUACCAGCGCGUGCAGGCCGCCAAGGCCAAGGCCGCCGGCGCCGCCAACUGA